GAAGAAGAGAGAACAAUGGCAGGGACGUUAGUAUCUCGGGCCUUCCUUCUUCUUACCGCCUCUAACUACAAGUCCUAUCCUUUCCCCUUUGUUCUCAGUAAGCGUCUCAUAGCCAUAGCUGCAGCCAACCACUCCAACAAAACCAUCUCUUUUGCUUCUUCUUCUUCUUCACUCACAGAAAACCACCACAGGAGGUUGCUUCUCCCAUUAUCGCUAUCUCCUUUUCGUACCUUCAAUAGUGUUAGGUUCUUCAGCUCCUCCGAACCCAGCACCAAAGUCAAUACCAAGGUUAACUUCUCUCUCCCUUCAGACGACGAAGACGAUGACGAAACGACGACGAAAACCGCCACCAAAGAGAUCGACAAGUCGAAGCUCCCUCCCCCGUACGACCCUUUCAACAAGAAGCCCGCCAUCGAGGACCCAGAAGACCCAAAAGACCUGCAAGAAGUCUUCCACAAGAUGCGCACCGAUGGCCUCACCAACAAUGCAGUCAUGAUGUUCGCCGCAUUGUCCAAAGACGGCUUAACCCACGAGGCCCUGGAGCUCUUUGCUCAAAUCAAGGACAAGGGUCAUAUGCCCGACGUCGUUUCACACACUGCCGUCAUAGAGGCCUACGCCAAUGCCGGCAAGACCAAGGAGGCUCUCAAGGUGUACCUGCGCAUGUUAGCCUCUGGGGUCGCCCCGAACGCCUACACUUACACUGUUCUCAUCAAGACGCUGGCUGCCGACCCCAGCGGUAAGUUCCUUGGGGAUGCCAAGAAGUACUUGCUGGAGAUGAUGGGCAAGGGAAUGCGGCCCAAUGCCGGCACCUACACAGCGGUGUUCGAGGGGUUUGCGAGGCAGGAGGAGAAGGCAGAGGAGGGGAGGGAGUUGCUGGUGGAAAUGAAAGGUAAGGGAUUUGUGCCGGACGAGAAAGCUGUGAGGGAGGUUCUUAAGAGCAAGAGAGGACCUGUGAUUAGAAGCGUAACCAACAUUCUCUUUGGCAAGUAGAUAGAUUUUGCUCAUUGUUCUAUGUUUUCGUUUUUGUUAUGAAGUUUGGAACUUGAAAUGAAAUGCCAAUUCAACCAA